AUGCCAAGCUCAUGUAGUAAUAUUCGAGAAGCUUUAGCAUCGUGUAUUUUAGAUUCGGAUUGCAUGAAAAAAGGAAAUACUGCAAAAGAAUGUUUAUCAAAUCCUGAGUUAUUAGAAUUUGUACCUUUGCAAUGUUUUCUUUUAAAGAGAAGUUUAUUUGAUUGUAAAAGGGGAAUGCUUGAUAUGAGAAAAAGGUUCCGUGGAAAUGUUUCUAUUAGUAUUGAUAAAUGA